AUGGAGGAAGACAAAUACACUCAAUACUGUUUUCAAGACGGAAACUCUUCUUGCAGAAAGGAUUCACUAUCAACAUCUAUUUACGUAACACUGUACAUCUUCUUCUCCUUAAUUUCAACGUUUACAGUAUUUUUGAACCUACUGGUGAUCAUCUCCAUCUCUCACUUGAAGCAGCUCCAAACUCCAACCAACCUGCUCAUCCUCUCUCUGGCUGUGUCAGAUCUCCUGGUGGGACUUAUUGUGAUACCAGCAAUGACUGUAGCAAUAAUGGAGUCAUGCUGGGUUCUUGGGGAAUAUUUUUGUGUGUUGCUUCUCUACACCUAUUUGUUAUGUACGUCUUUAUCUCUCGGCAAUUUAGUCUUGAUAUCGUUUGACCGUUAUGUUGCUGUUUGUGAUCCCUUAUUGUAUCACUCAAAAAUAACAAUACCAAGAAUGAAGUUGUUCAUAUUUAUUACCUGGUGUUGUUCCAUCAUAUACAAUGCUGUUACUCUAAAACUUACUGUAAAUACAGAGGUUCCCAGUAGGUGUUUUGAAGAAUGCUAUUUUUCAGAAGGAUUUACCUCGGGUAUCAUCGUGGACCUCAUUAUUUCACUGGUUACCCCAUGUUCCAUUAUUAUAACACUUUAUUUGAAAAUAUUUGUGGUGGCCAGAUCACAGGCCAAAAAGAUCUCCUGGUAG